UGAAACAUUUUGAUCUGCCGUGUUUUUGACAUCCAGAUGUGACAUGUCCCUCGGCUGCUGUCUCCGUCUCAGCUUCCUGUUCAGGCAUCAGAUGAUGUCAUCAGGUGAUGUCAUCAGACAUGAGGACUCCGUCUGUCUGCUUGGCGAUUGGUCUUCUGCUGACGGUUGGACCGGCCGUCUCUGCAGUGUCUCUGAGGGUGAGUCCAGACUUGCAGCAGUUCUUCGGGGACCAGACGGUGAAUCUCAGCUGUGAAGACCAGUUGGACUCUGACGGUUUGGUGGUGAAGAAGAAGAAGACCGGAGGUCCAUCAGCGUCCUGUGGAGAAGACUUUGGGAGAUUGUCUUCUCCUUUCUGUUUACUGAAUGAAUACAAGAACUUCUCUGGGUCCUACUGGUGUGAGACCAAAACUGGAGACCGAAGCGACUUGAUCAACAUCAUCGUCUCAGAUAAACGUCUGAUCCUGCAGAUCCCUGCACUUCCUGUAGGAACAGGAAGUGAUGUCACUCUGAACUGCACAGGGAAGAACCAACGCACUGUCCCUGCGUACUUCUUCUUCAACGGGAAUCUGGUCGGUUCUGAUCUCAGAGAGAACCUUGUCCUCCAGAACCUCCAACCGUCUGACGAAGGUUCCUACAGGUGCUCUACUGAUGAGUUUGGGUCGUCUCUUCCGAGCCUGCUGAGGGUCAGAGGUCAGGACAAUGAGAUCAUGUCCGGACUCAUCUACAGGCACCGUAGAUGAGUCCGACUGACUGAUGGGUGUCUGCUGCAGGUCGUCCUCCUCCGACUGCCUCCAGAACCACCAGAGCCUCGUCCAGCUGUGGUCCUCUGGUCCAGAUCAGUCCUCCUCCUCCUCCACCUGUCAGCUCCAUUGUCUUCAUCCCUCUGAUGGCUGCUGGGGCCUCUGUGGUCCCACUGGCUCUGCUGGUUCUGGUUCUGGUUCUGGGUCUGUGGCUGUGGAGGAAACAAUCAGGUAGGAGAUCCUUCUGGGUCCAGCAGGUGAUCCGGUCCACUUAACCCGGUCCAGCUGAUUCAUGAAGGGACAAUCCUCACUGAUGAAGCUCCAGUGGAGUCCAGAACCCGGUUCUGUUGACCCCCUGUUUGUCCCCUCGUCUCCUUGUCAUCUCUGCAGGAAGGAACCGUUCUUCUUCUUCUGCUGCUGCUGUCCCUGAUGUGACCUACGCUCAGGUCAACUUCAGGAAAUCAACCAAUCGGGUUCCGUCCCAGUGGACACGUGUCCGUCCCCAUGACAACGAGGAGGACUUUGGCUUCCCACCAUACUGUGACCCAAUCACAGGCUAGUCCUGGUUGGAGCAGCUAAUCAGGAUGAAGAAGGAAAGCAGUUUGGGUCAACGAUCUGUAACCAUUUCCUGAGUUUGGACCCAAACUGAUGGGUUGUGUAGAACGGGUCGGAGCGGUUCUAAUGAUAAAAAUGUUUCCUGCUGAUUUGGUUAAUUUUCUCAGUUUUGUUCUUGUUUUGCUUGUUUGAUCUUUUAUUGCUUUAUUUCUUACAUUUGAUCAGUUUUAUGUUCAUUUAUCUGAAACUUGUUGCAGAUCAAUGAUUGUAGUUUUCAGCCAUAAAUAAAAAUGAUUGAACUCUGGUUCUAAAGUUAAAGUCAGAGUCCGAGUCCUUCAUCAUUGGUCGGGUCCAGACUCGGCCUGUUCCUCUGAGCCCCAGAGAUCAGGAAGUGAAGGAGCCUCUGUCUCUGCCCAGUAGGAGGCAGCAGAGCUUCUGGUAGGAACCGCCUCUGGAGGAACCAGCAGCAGAAGGAUCAGGUGAAGGUUUUACAAGUCCCAAGUCUUUAUUGGCAUCUGUCACGUUCUAAGUCUGAACCUGAGAGUUUCAGGUCAUUUCCUGUUUCAUCAAUGCUGCAGUGAAGCAUUAAAUUCAAAUUUAAAUUAAAUUCAAAUUUAAAAAUCCUUUAUUAAUCCCAAAGGGAAAUUAAAUGUUGGUGUAACUCUUUAAUUCCUCAAAGAGUUAUUGUAGACGGUGAUGGCUGUUCUGCAGCGGUCUGUACUGCACUGAGUCCAGAACAGAAGAAAACUCACCCAUCAGUCAUCAGCGACUACAGAGCUGUAGCCCUGACAUUCCACCACAUGAGGGUCCUGGAGAGACUGCUGUUGGCCCACCUAAAUAAGCAGACAAGAAUAUAUUAAGACCCCCUGCAGUUUACUUAUUGCAGUGGAAUUGGGGUUGAUCAUGUCAUCAUACACCUGCUUCAGCAAACCCACUGUCA